GUUGCAUCGUGUCGGUUCGUAGGACCUACUCGCGAUCGCAUCGCAAGCGUACGAGAGAGAGCUCUCACCCGUUGCUGUCCCUCCUUCCCUCUAUCUCUGUCUAGUCUGUCUGUCUCUUUCCUUCUCCCUGCGCCGCCCAACGGCUGAAUUGGCUCUAGCUUGGCCAUCGCGCUGCGCCGAGGAGAGACUUGAAAUUUUCGGCGGGCGUGGACGACUGGACGUUACAAGGGUCCUCGUCGACGUGGAUAGUGCGCGCAUGGACACCAGGAGGCGAAAGAAGGAAACGGACGGCCGGAAGUAGGAAACCCGUCGUAAAGCGGACGUGCAUUUUUAUUCCUCCCUUCUACCAUCGUGCUCUCCCUGUCUCUUCCCCAUCGUGCUCCCUCUCUCCGUCUUUCUCUUCCUCCCCUCCCCCCUUUCCCUUCCCCUUCUCUCUGUUUGUCUCUCUCUCUCUCUCUUGCGCGUUCUCUCUUCUGUCUCGCGUCGGUUCUCUCGUCGACGACCGUCGGAUCGCGCCGCACCGCGUCGUGUCGUGUUUCGUAUCUGAACCAGAAGUCAAAACUCGUCGCCCGCCAGAGCCGCGCCUCCUGGAGCCUCGCGGCCGCGAAAAACGGCCACCGCCGGUGACAGUGACAUGUGCGUUGCUCCAGUGCUGUGCCCCGUUGUCGUCACCGUGGCUAUACGCCAGAGUAGCCUGCUGUUGUGCGCCCGCUGUGCUCCCUGUGCUCGCUUAGCUCGCUGCGACCGUCACUGCUGCCGUGCCGCCGCUGUUACUCGCCGGAGCCGCCGUUGCACGUCGCCGUUGCGAUGCGCCUCGUCUACGAUGCCACCGCCCGCAAGAUGCUAUGAACUUCUUGCACGGUUCAUCCAAUCAUUUCCAAUACGGAGAGAAAAAGAAGAAAGAUGAACGGUGGAACAAGUUCAGCUGGAAAGAAUAAAUCUAAUAACUAAAUGAUGACGUUAAGGCGUUCAACGGGCAAGCAUGAGGGAAAGAACACCCUCUGCCGACGACACCCCAAAAAGGGCCCCACCGGCACCCAGCAGAGAGGCGGCUUCGGCGGACCUAACUGGUAGCGAGACACCGAACGACGAUACGAUUGAGGGUUAUCACACGGCGAAGUUGUCCGGCAUCCCUUCGGCAUCCGGUUUGACUACGUCGUCCGAUAGGAUGGUAGCGUCGACGCAAAGCCUGGAGGAUCUGGGCGUCAACCAUCCUGCCAACGCGGCAGGGAGCAACGCCGAUCGUCAGCAGCAUCAACAGCAACAACAGCAUCUGCAGGAACGCUACGGUCAUGCCUACAGAUCAUCGGCGCAGACUGCCCAGGACAAGCGAUCGCGGCUGAGCAACGUAAUCAACAACCUGCGCAAAAAGGUGCCAGAUGGAGCAGCCAGCGGAAACUCGGACUCGCCGAGGAAGGAAGAGGACGAUCGGAAUAGCGUCGAGAGAAACCUGGAAACUCUGGAGAAAUAUGUGAUGACGGUGCUGAAUGGCGUGAUCAAGGACAACGAGGAGGAAGACAAGAAUAUAGAGAAAAUGAAAGAGCUGGAAAGGCAGAGGAAAAGUACUGAUGAAGAGGAAGAAGAAGAAGAGGAAGAGGAAGAAGAUCCAACAGAUAUGGCAGUCAAGUCUGAGCCUUCAAGCGAAGGUGAUAUCGAAGCAGCUGUUGUGCCGCGGUUAGAGGACUCUUCGACGGUCAAAAAUACCGAAGACGCUGAAUUCUUGGAGAUUAUAGACUGCUUGAGUACAAAAGAAAUGACAGAAGAGAGUUUACAAGAUUCGGAGGACAGAAUUAGUCAAGAUUCAAAGGAAUCACCUUCGAGGAUAGAGGAAGAAGAUCUAGACGUUGAGCAGAAAGAAUCAUCCGAAGAUGAUCGAAGCGUUUCGAGAGAGAAGGAGAGUCGAACACUAAGCACAAUUAUAAUGGACAGAUUGAGUGAGCAUCAGGUCGAGGAAAGAGCGAAUGUUGAUGAUGGCAGAGGAAACCGAAUGCGUGAUGAAUAUGCAAUCUCAAAAGAUACCACGGUGCGAACGAUUUGCGGUGAAUUGCUAGACGAUCUGUUGAGCGAUGUCUAUCGCAUUGUCGACGAUCAUGAGAACCAGCAAAAGACCGAAGAAUAUCAGAAAUCGAAGAAGACUGACGCGACCGAAUCGAGGGUGGAGGAGACCAAAGAUUCAAGUAUCAGCGUUCAGGAGUUGUCCAUGACGGGCCUGCAUUGCAGUCUACCCUUGGAUAAAGUCGCGUCCGUGCUUCAAAACUGUCAGACGAGCGAAUCGGUAACCUCACGACUCUCUUCAGGAUCGUCCUCGAGUCCUCCGUCGGUCCAGAAGUCGAAACCGUCGUCCAGUACUCCACCGGUCAGAGUCCUCUGUCUUUACUGCGACAGGAAGUUCCUGUCCAUGUCCCGACGACAGCGACAUAUGGAGAAAGCACAUCAGCUCAGCGGUGGCAGGAGAUCGGAGAGGAAUCUCCGAAAACCCUCCCAGAACUGCCAGUACUGCUCUGAGAAAUCUGCCGAUACCCUGGAGGCGUUAUUCCAACACAUGGUCGCUAGUCACGGAGACAAGUAUCACGCGUGCGUCCAAUGUUUGACGAGGUAUCUCACCCGGGAAGCUUUGGUGGGACACAUAAGCGAGACGCACGGGGGAAAUGCCGAGAGAAUCAGUCAGGUUCAGCCGGAGAAAAUCAAAGAAGGAUCGCCCCCCUGCAGAGAUUUUUGUAGUCAAAAUCUACGUGAGAAAAUGAACGUGUCAGUUAAAGAGAGAAGAUCUGAAGAAAAGGAAUCGGAGGAUCAAGAUGACAAUCGACGGUUGGACAGAACGAAACUUAUUGCGACGCGAGAACCCAUCGAUAAUCCGGCCAGUCCUGAGUUUGACAGUUCAUUUUACAGUAAUGUGAGCUGCAACAUUCGUGAGAACCUGCUGCACCAUCUGGAUGGCAAGCUGCAGAUAAGCGGUGCGUCAUCCUCGACGUGCACACCACCGAUUGCUACCUCAAACUCGACGGCGACGACGACGGAAUCAAAAUCGCCGCAACAACAAUCGCAACAUACAUAUUACGAGCACAACGUCAAUCAAAUCCAAUUUCCCAUCGAUAUCUCACUGACCGCGGCGACUCCGGUUUACAGUAAAGACUAUUCGGUCAGCGAAGAGUACGAAAACUCGAGUGAAUAUGCCCGGAAAGCCGGUAAAAUGAGCAGCGGUUCACGACCGCGUCGAGUCUCUUUCGAGAAGUAUAAUUUCCCGCGAAAGUACGACGGCAGGGAACAGUGGACGUGCUCGAUCAAGGAUCUCAGCAAGUUUGACAUCUCCACGCAGCUGACACUUCGAAAGAAGCAACAGCUUAUUAAGGAGCGUCUCGCUGGAAGCAGACUACAUCAGACUCAGUUGCUAUCCUGUGAAAUCACUGAAGUAUCUCUUCGCGAUCAGAAUCAGACUGAGCUUGCCAUCGAAAUGGCAGUGAGAGAUCAGAAUAACGCUGGUGAUACCGAUUGUGUGGUCGAUACAGGUGCCGCGACUCUCGAUGUCCAUUGCGAUGUUGGCGAACUGCUUCCAAAUGAAAUUAAGGAGGAACCGAUUAAGGAAGAACCCGAGUCAUCCGUGACUUCGACGUCGACGAUUAUUACGGAAUUCAGUGUUGAAUUCGCAGAUUUUAUGAGACUGAGAAGGCGCGAGGAAAGCGACAAUGAAGUCACUAAUGCUCAGGGAAUCGUUUAUGCUGAACUGAGCGGCGAAUGGUCACGAAUGCGGAUCUACAUCUGUGGCGCUUGUGGUUCCAGACAUGUAACACUAAAGGAGAUGGAGGAUCACAAAGCUUCCACGCAUCCACGUGUCCUGUGCUCGCACUUCGACCUGGCCGGCGAUCAACGCGAGCACUACAAGCAUCUGUAUCUACCGGGACGAGAUGCGCCUACUGAUGCUGCACGUAACGACUCUCUCGAGGAGAUGGUAUGCACCAAAUGCGCUAAGAGUUGCCCAAACAUGGGUGAAUUGCAUCGCCAUAUGCUGGAGUGUGGAGGUGAUCAGGCUUGGUUGCUCGGCCUCACCGGUAGUGGCAAGAAGAAGUGCAAGUGGCGGCCGUUCGGUAGCCGCAGCCGUCGACGGCGUCAGCGCGGCAUGAAGAGAAACAUACAGAACUCGCAGACGCAGCCGCAACCACGGAUUAUCAACACGGAGAAACCCAAAGAGAAACAAGCACCGACUGGCCCUAGAGUUCGCCCGAGUGACCGCGAAAGUAUUCAGAAAAUGCUAGCUAAUCUGCCGGCUAAAAGAGCCACAAGGAAGGUUUUGCAAGACAACAUGAUGCGAUCGCAGGGCCGACUUCGUAACGCGCAAACCAGAACAAGGCCUUGCAUAAUCGGCGACAACUCGUCCCGAAUCUCUCGCAACAAAGCCGCUCUGCGGAAUAAACUGCUGAAGAACGCCAAAUCGAUUCAACGGAAUCGCUGUCGAAGUGACAACAUCGCCGCGGUAAUCGAGAGAGUCGUGAGGAAGUGUCACGAAACUGAAAAAAAAUCGGAUAAUGAUGUCGACAAAAUCACCGAAACUGAAAACGAGGAUAAGAAAGAUGCCAAAGAGAUGAACGAAGGUUCGUCAAAGGCAACCAGCAAAGCUUCGGAUCAGAAUGAUAGAACUAUUCGACCGAGAGUUGGACGACCUAAGAUUCUCGGCAAGAAGAGGAAUGUGAAAAACCCACAACUUCAAAGCAAAAGUAGCAACAAGCUAGUGAAAGCGAUGGGCAAGUUUGCGAAGUUUAAGAAUGAUAUUACAUCCGAGACGAAGGGCGAAGGCGAGGAGACAUCCUCCCCAAAGAGUAUACCAAAGAACGCAAAGACGACGCUGAAAGUAAUUGACAAAGAUGACGUCAAUGCCGAUAGUAAAAAGAUAUCGACGAUUUCUGGAAUAAAAAAUAAAAACAAAUUGACGCAAAACAUAUUGAAGAGAAAACGUCCUGUGGACCCGGUGGCAUCCUUCAAUGCUUCUAUCAAGGCAAAAUCACAGUUACGAACGCAGGAUGGUAAGUUCGCUCGCAAUCCAAACAAGAAUUUGCAGGCGAAAUCGUCCGAAGAGAAAACAGAUAACGGAAAAUACAAGACUGCUGACUGGAUCGAAAUUAAACCCAAGCUGAAAGCGGCGCAGAAGUUGAAAAAGAUUGGGAUCCAGCUGCCACGAAGAGUCACUCGGCUAUCGUCGGAUAGCGACAAGAUGCCGACUUUGGAACCAGUCGUACAGAUCGUUUCCUCCAAUGAGGAAUAUGCCGAUAAGUCGGCGAACGAUUUACCUAUCUUGUCGCCAGUAACGUCGGGUUCUCUUCAGGAUCAAAAGGCAUCUCGAAUUUCCACCAAGUGCAUUUUAAAGGAAAAAGAGGAGAAUAUUGAGGCUAAUGCCGAUCUCGAGGUUGUCCCUGAAAAAAGAAAAAAGGGACAGAAAUCAACGAGAGGAAGAAAACCGAAAGAGGAAACGAAAGACAUGGCGAAGCGGAAGAAGACUAAUACAGUCGAAGAAAACAAAACUUCCAAAAAUAACGUAGUAAUAUUAAAAGAUGAUAAAACGAAAGGUAGGAAGAGUUUAAAUGCUAAUAGUGCGGUCUUAAAUGCUAAUAGUAGUGAAAAUAGCAAGGAAGAAAUAUCGAAGAAAGAGGCAAUUGCCAAAAAAGAUUCUAAGCCUAAAAAGGAAGAAGCGACGAAGGAAACUCGAAGCAACUCGAAAACCAGAGUAAACAAGGAUUUCGUGAAACUGUCGGACAUUCCAUUCGAGGUGAAGAAACUACUGUAUUCGGCUCAAUGUAUCCUUGACAAGGACGAUCUCUUGAGCACACUAGAGCUCGCAUCUAACGACUCAAAACGCAAUCUGAGGCAAUUGGCACCAAGAUCGAAAGUGCUUCAAGUGAAUAACAAGAAACCGCGAGAACUCGAUGACGAAUCAGACGGCUCGAAAGAUACGUGUAAAAAGGAGAAGAUUGAAGCGAUUAAAAAAUCAUCCAGAAAAAACGCUGAGAAGAAGAGUGACGAUAAACUAGCGAAAAUGAGUCUAGAGAAGGAUUCGACUAGCAACGCGAUUACCAAUGUAGCGCAAAGUGAAAAAAAUCAACAAGGUAAAAGAGACAGAGCAGUGAAAACGAAGGAAAUUACGAUUGAUAAUUCCGAUAUGAAAAGUAAAAUCGACGGCAGACAAACGAGAGGAUCAGUGAGCGACGUUAAGAGUGAGCCUUCCUUAGAAAUUGUAAACGAUAGUCUUCGAAAAGGCAGAUCUUUGCUGGGAAAACGUCGGAAUCGUAACAAAUCGCUCGACAAAGAUGAAGAAAACAACUUACGCGUGUCCAAAGCGCAGAGUAGCAGCGAAAAUGCCUCGUCGAGCGGAAAGGAAGCUGAGAAAGAGCUUGGGGAAGUUAUCGAUAAAAUUUCUAACAAGGAAAUUGAAGGUGAGAGCGAUAAAAAUUCCGAUGAUCACUUAGAUUCGACAGUAGUGAAUAUCAAUUUAAGUCACUUGCAAUCGGAGACGAGUAACCUGUCCAUUGAUAGUGGUAAGGAAAACUCUUUGGAAACAUCCGUGAACGUUCACAGUAAACUGAAGGUAGGGAGACCUAAGAAGUCAUGGGGCGCGCGUCGCGAGAAAUCGUUGAGGAAGAGGUCCUUAAACAAUGUCAUCGGUAUUCUGACGGAGGGCAUGAAUAUCCCUGUCGAGGCGCAGCAGAACGUGCAGGUGCUCACGGUUCAGACUAGUUUGGAUAAUCCGGAUAGGUUGGCGCGGAAUGGAAGUGCUCAACAACCAAGCGGUGGUGAGGGCGACGUGAUCGUAGUAGACUCAGCAUUCAGCGAGCUGCCGGCCCUUCCUAAAAGCGAAGAGAAAUCCGCAGAGAACGAAGCUGUUACGGCGACGAGCACAACCGAUAACUCUCACGCAGACGAUAAAAAGAAUGCUUGUCCUGAUGAAGCGCAACUUGAAACCGUCUUCGCCGAUGGAAAAGUCGACGUAUCGUUGACAGUUACAACUGCUAAGGCGUGUUCGCCAACCAAUGACAUUAUCCUCGAUCUGUCUAGAAGGAAACCCAAGGGUAAAGGCUCUUUCUUAGAGAAAAUUGUGUCGAAGAUAGCUAAGCAGAAAGACGCUUUGCUAGAAGGAGAGGUAGGUUCUUUGCUUGACACUGCAGCCGAUGAGUUGACUAGCAUUCUCGAUGAGGUCGGACCCACCUUGACUGAUAAUACGGAGAGUACAAAUUCCGACGAGGCAAACCUUUCAGAGAACGAUAAAAGUGUGAUAGUUACAUCCACUGACAAAGAAUUGCCAGUGAUUGUCGAACCUGAAAUUCAAGCAUUGGAAAACGAAAAAAUCAAUAUUGAGAGCGCGGUUUCCAAAUGUUCAACGGAUUCUUUGGACAUGUCAGACAAUCUCGAAAAAAACUUGGCAACAAAGGCUGAAAUUCAAAGUGAGAAUCAACUUAAAGCAGAUAAUGCUUCAAACGUUGGGAUGAAGAAUAACGAUGACUUGCACAGAAAAGUGAGUUCUAUUGAAGAAAAUAUUGACUCUUGUGAAAAUAAAUCGAUAAUAAAUAAAGAACCAGUUAUUCCAAUAACAAUUUCAAAUGAGAAUCUUGCAUCAUUAACCGAUAUUUCAAUUUCUUGUUCGUUAAUUACACAAAAAGAAAAUUUAGAAAAACCUGAAAGAAAGAAAGGAGUUACAAAAUCCAGAAGAAAAUCCAACAAAAGAUCACUGGACGCAAGAUCUAGGAAAAAUAAGAAAAGAUCACUAGAAAUCGUCGAAGAUUGCACAGAAGAAGAUACGCAGAAGGAACUUGAAUUGAAUGACACGUUUAAGUCUAAUGUUGGAAAUGAAUUUUCAAAGGAAGACGAUAGUGUGGAGACUUCAAACACAGAUAUCGAAAAGUUACUUCAAAAUAGUGAAAGCGAAAUUAUCAAGGACAACUCAAAGUCAACAAAUUUAGAAAAGAAUCUUACGAAAGCUAAUAAUGAAUCAAAUUUAGAAAAAUUUACCGAUUUUUCAGAAAUCACUUGUGAAAAUAUGAAAUUAAUGGCGAGCCUUGAGAAAUCUCUUGACAAAAUAACUUCCGAUGAAGAUACUGUUACCAAUGAUCAAUCGAUAGAAUCAAUCGAAAAAAGUACUAAUUUUUCUUCAGAUAAAAGUGUUGAGUGUAAAAAAUCUGUAAAUAGAAAUAAAAAAAAGAAUCGAGUUAAUUCGAACGGAUCUAGGCGUAAAUCGAAGAGAAAAUUGAAAUCUAUCUUAUCAAUAACUCCUUCGAUGGAUGCUACUAUAAACAUCCUCCAAACUUCUGUAGACUCUAUAGAUGAAAGAGAGGAGAUACCAUCUUCGUCGACCAUUGCGAGAGAAUCUUUAGAAUCAACCGAUAUACAAUCGAUAAAAAUUGGGACCACUAGCGACUCAGACGUUCCUUUAGAAAACUUCUUGCAUUCAGUAGAAAUAGUGCCCGAGAAAUAUAAAGAGACACAAAAUAUAGACUUAAAAAAUUCAAGUCUCGUUAAUUCGAUAUCUUCAAAAACAACAGAGAAACGUGGUGCGAAAAAGAAGUCAUUGGCUGAAGAGCAUCUGGAACUAUCGGAAGACAAGUCUGCUAAAGUUGUUUUGAAACUCAAUGAUGAAUCCAACAUCGCUGAUACUAACGAGCAAUUAUCUGUCAGCUUAGAGCAUUUCAAAAUACCGGAAGUGAAGGAUCUACCGCAGAGUGCGAAAAAACGAGGCCCGAAAAAGAAGUCGCAAUCCGAGGACGAUCGCUGGAACAGCGGAAGCGUUUCCGAAAAGUCUCGAACGAACGAGAAACUCAUGGAGAUCGGCGAGAUAUCUAACUCGAUCGAAGAGAAAGUCGAAGAACAAGAAGAAAUAGAGAAAUGUGUUAUUGGAGAAGAAUCGAGUACGAAGAAGCUCGGAAGAUCGAGUUCUUCAGGGUCGAUCGGUCUCGCUCCAUCUUUACCCAAGACAAGAUCUAUGUUCAAGAGAAAAACACAACUGUCUAAUGAAGACCUUGCUGAUUCCAGCAUUCGAAAUCAGAGUGCCGAAAGCAUGGAUGAUUUGUCCGAGAGCUCGUGUGUCAGCGAGUCCAGCUACUUUAGGAAGAAGCGAUUCGCGAAGAAAAAGAAAAAAGAGGAGACAGUUGACAGCACCCGAGCCGAUGCUUUUCUCAUAGAUUCGACAGCCUUAAAAAGCAGUAAGCAAAAUCCGAAAAGGAAAACCAAAUCAUUACUCGAUGAGCACCUUAAUUUGUCUGACAUGGAUGACAUUGACAUUCCAAUGGACAUCCAAGCUUCAUUAGAAAAUACGGAAGCCUUGGAAAAGAUUGAACGAGAGUUUGCACUCACUGAAAAAUCUUUGGAUUCACAAAACGAAGACACAGACAAACCAACGGAUGAUACAGAGAACAAAGAUUCGCACGUCACUUUAGAACCAACACCUAAUAAUUAUGAUUUUUCGGAUAAUCCGGUUACCCCGAAGAAACGCGCGGGAGGCAAUUUUGUGGUGGUGCACACAAAAACCGGUGAGAUUUUGAUUGUGGAGAAGAAGAAGAAGCUAACGAAGGAGGCGGCGAAAUUUUUCUGUGACGUAUGCUCUACAAGCUUCACUCGCAAGAGUUCUCUAAAGAAACAUACGUUGUCACAGUCGCAUUUAUCACAGUUGACAAAAUCCACCAAAGACAAAGUCGAGCCUGUUAACAGCAAUACGUUCGAGAAUACUGAAGAGGACGACAACGAAUGGAAGAAUAAUUCAGAAAAUGAUCAACAAACGAAAAACAUUCUAGAAGACACUCGAUCUCAUGAAACCGAUCAGAAGUCUUUGGAGCUAGACGAGAGCUUUGUUCCUUACACAAAUAGUACUGAAUUAACGAAAUCUCUUGUGGAUCUCGGAACGAGGCAGAUGUUGGAAGAUAAACUGCUGGACGAAGAGAUUUGCAAGAUUACUGAAAACAUGAGCCAUGACGAAUACGUUUUGACUGAUCAAGUGACACCGGAAGAUCCAAUGUUGUCAUCAACGCCGAUCAAAGCCGUCCAAAAAAAUCAGGAGGAUUCAGGACGAGGCAAAAACAGUGACAAGAAACGGAAUAAGUCGAAGAAAAGGAAUCUGGCAGAAGAACAUUUGCUCUUGGAUUCUCCUAAAUUAGAAAAUUCUAAAAUUGAUUCGGACGAAGUUGCGAAACCAACCAAUGAUAUCAUGCGAAUUUCCUCGCCAUCUUGUGAUCAUUCUUCGACAAAGGAAAUAAUGGAAACGGUAGAAAAAAUCGAAGAUAUUUCUAAAGAAUGUGUAGAUAACGUUAAAACGAAAAAUCGAUCAGAAUUAAUUGUUACAUCUUUGAAUGAAGAAACAACUUUGAAAUCAAUAUGUGAUAUUGAAGGGAAAACUGAUCAGCAAACAGAAUCCACGAAGACUACGAAGAAAACGCUAAAAAAAGUCUCUAAAGUUUAUAACGAGGAAAAAGAAGAGAUUUCAGAUUUAACUGAGACAAAUCGUUUUAGUCUAAGACCCAGAAGAAGUAAAAAUAUUCAGCAUUAUGAGGAAUCUGAUAUUGAAGUUGAUAUAUAUUUUAUGGAUACUUCCAUGGAGAUUAACAGUGAUGAGAUAGAAGACAGCCGUGAUGCGCAAAAGAAACAGAACGAAGUAGAAGAAGAAACCAACAGAGAUACACUACAGGAUAGCUGCACUGACGAUAAGAGUUCCCAGGACAUAGAAGUCGCAAAAUCGAAGACAGACUCAACGAACGGUACUAAGAAAAAGAAACGUGGAAGACCGAGGCUUAAAAAUCGAAUUAUUUCGAAUCCCAGUAACGCUUCAGCUCCCACAAACCUCGAAGUUAACGGAAAUGAUUCUGUCGCUACGACUAAUCUUGAUGAAUCAAAAGAUGAGGAUCAAAAAUUAAAUUUGGAUACCAAAGAGCGUUUUGACAAAACCAACAAACCGUCAUAUAUUGAUGCAAAUGCCCAACCUCCUAAACGAAGUCGGGGCAGACCCAGAAAAAAUCCUGUAUCCAUUACAAAUAAUUCUUCAGUACAAGCAGAUAAUUCGAGUGCUUCCGAAUCGACGAAAUCAAAUUAUGAUGAAACGAAAGAAAAGGCAGACGUGAUUGAAUCAUGUUCCAAAAUGAUUGUCGAAGAAAUCACGUCGAUCAGUUCUUUGAUACCGAAUGCGGAGUCUUCAUCUGCCGUUCAAGAUCAUAUUUCAGAAUCAAAUUUAUCGGAAACGAAAAAAGAUUUAUUAAAUACUGAAAAUGUUCAAAACCUCGAGCUAAACAUUUCCAAAGAUCGAUUGGCGCAGACAAUAGAAUCUACGAAUAUUGCGAUAGACGACACCGUACUCUGGAAUUGCGAGAAUGUGCUUACCUCUAACAUUCCAUCAGAAAAAGUCGAAAUAUUGAUGCCAUCAGAAACAAACACACAUAUUGACGAUAUAAAAUGUGUGCUAGAAGACAAACAAAAUGAUACGAAUGUGAAUGUUUUAGCACUAACGACCAAAUCAUCAAUUGAACUUCCACCACAAAUUACCGAACAGAUAUCGAUUGAUGAUUUGAAAUCGGCUGAAUCAAAAACAAUUGAAUUCGACAACAAUGAAAGCUUCGAAAUUCCAAAAUCAACAGACAUUUUAAAAGAGAAACAAAUAAAGUCAAGAGAGGAACUUCCCGAAGAAGAAGUUCCCAAAGCAAAAAUUUUGUCAUCAGAAGAUGAGGAUAAAGCGUUAGCCGAAGACAAUAAAUCUCUUCUCAUCGCAAAUUUCCAUGAAUCUCAGAAGGUAAUAAAUGAUUCUGGGAAUGAUAGCACUUACGAUGAAAAGACGAUUCGAUUGGAAUCUACCAAGAAAUUAUCCAGAAAGUCAACGAGUAAGGAACGAGAAACUGAUCGUAAAAGAUUAAAAACAUCCAAGGAUAAAAAGAAAAAAAUCAAAGUCGCUGAACUGUCGAGUGACAGCGAGAACGAGGAUGACAGACUCGAAUCUGCUGCUUCGAGUAAGAGUAAAAUUGUGAAGAGUGUGUUCGGCCGAGUGUUUGGUGGCGAGAAAGCGGACAAGGUGAAGGAAGUAUUGAAUGAUUGGGUAUCACGGUCAGAAGAUGACUCAGAUAUAUCUAGAAGUGCUUUGGAUGCUAGAUCCUAUCUGCGUGGAUUGACAAAGUUCUCCGAGAAUGGACACAAGAAAGAAAAGAAAUGCCACUUUGGCUCUGAAACAAAGAAGGAUACUGAGCGAUUAUCCAAAAAGAAAGGAAAUGAGAAGUGCAGCAGUGAGGUUCACGGGAAAGCGAAGAAUCGAAAGAAGCGAGAGAAGGAUAUCGAAUCGAUACCUGACGAUCGUAUCGGCUCACCUAUCAAUCCGGUCAAACGAAGAUAUAGAGAGAGCAAGAUCAGAGCGGACGAGAAGAUUCUAAGAGCUUUCAAUGAUGAGUUAUUAACGAUUUCGGAUGAAGAUAACAAAAUUAAGGAAAUGAGCAAUCAGAUUAAUAAUGAAUUGAACGAUAAAGAUAAGGAAACAAGGAGACACUAUGAAAAAGACUUGAAUAAGGAACGAACGAAAAAUAAGAAUUUGAUCUCUGAGAAUUGGGAGAGUCUUCGAAUCGAACGCAACACUCAUGGAAAAUCGAAAAAUAGUUCCAGUCAUCGUAAGAAACAAGAUGCUAAGGAGCGUUCUUUGUCACCAUCGCAAUCCGAAUCCAAAUACAGGUGGAGGGAGAGCAAGACCAAAGCCGGCGAGAGGAUCUGGAGAGCCUUUGACAAUGAGAUUUCAUCGUGCCUUUCCGACGAUCAGAAUCUUAAUGAAUUUCACGGAAUUUCUAAGGAGCAACAGAUUGAGUUCUAUGAAUCUGAAGACCCGAAUUGUUCAGAUAAUUCGAAGAGUGUCAAACAAAAAGAUGACGAUGCUUGGAAAAACAUCAGUUCGAUAGAUCACGAACAGAGUGUAGUGCACAGUGGACGCGGGAGAUCCAGAAAAAAUUCGAACAGUCGCAAGAAACAAGAUUUCAAUCUGAUUAAAAUAAGUAAGACAAAAACGGACAAAAAGAUUUUAAGGGAUUACGAGUCAUCGAUUCCUUCGAGAAAUCGAGAAACGAAGAGCGAAAUGCAAAACGAUCAAACGAUACUAUCAACAAGUGAAUCGAGGAAUCGAUCGAAAACUUUGACCAAAGAUAACUCUUAUGAGUUCUACGGCGAUUCAGUUGUUUCGGAGCAUGUGAAUAAAGACCAAGAUAAUUUGCUGAUACAUUUGGAUCGGUCAAUAAGUUCUAGGAAAAACAAAAAAAGGAUCAAUGAAGAUUGGAAACAUUCAGUGAGGAACCUAAAAUUUGAUCUGGACGAUGAUCAGCCGACCGAGAAGGAAAUUGGACACAAGGAAGAGGAUACAAUAUCAUCGCGUAGUUGCAGCAGUUUAGCAGUCGAAGAACCAAUAAGGAAGAAUCAAUUGGUCGAUCUUGAUGGAAGUUCUCAGAUGAAUCGAAAGUCUGAUGACAAUGAUAACGUCAAUGAGGAGGACAACGAGGAAGAUGACAGUGAUCUCGAGCAACGAAGAAUGUCACCAUUUUACGCUCGCGAGACUUCCGAUAACUCCAUAGAAAGCAGUUCCGAGGAAGAGGAGGAAGAAGAGGAUGGCGAGGAAGAGGAAGAAGAGGAGGAACGCGUAAUGUACGAGGAUAAUUCCAGAAAGACAAAUCCUAGCGAAUUCUCUGGGGAGAAGAUCAUAAUCAGGUCGCCAUCUUCGGGUCAUAGAUCGGAUGUGGUAACGAUUGCACCCACAGACGCGAUGGAGGACAAUGCUUUAGAUGUACCAAGAGAGAUCGAGUCAACGACGGAACCGCGGCAAGGCAAAAUUCUUAAUUUCGAUGAGGAGCUCUUCGUGGAAUGUUGCUCGAGAUUGAAAGCUACGAGUGAGAACGAGUUGAGAGGUGCGAAGAAGAUUAAGCUCGAUCACACGGAAUCAUAUCACAGGCGAGAUGAUCAAUCGCAAGGAUUCAGAGUCAAUAGAGAUCGAUGGAGAGACGUGGAGAGUCAAAAUAGUCUCGGUAGUCUUCUGGAGUCAGUGAAUCAACUGCUCGGCGAGGAGAUGUACAACAGCCAUGAUAAAAGUUAUCGAACGCGCGGCAGCGAACGAUCGAGCAGAUCGGCCAGUCCGGAUACGUCGCGAAUCGACAAUCUUGGCUACGAGGACAGUUUGGACGUAGCUUUUGAGCACAAUAACAAACUACGAGAUAAGAUCCAACAGCGCAUGAGAGAGAGCGAGAAUCUGAUAGCUAGUACAUUCGGCCAGAAGAUCAACGACAACGAUCAUCCUGACGAUGAUAAGCGAGAUAGCGUUGGGAAUUCUUAUUCCUCGAGUAUUCACGAACAUGAACAGCUACCUACGUCGGUCGCGUCGAAUAGAGAGUUGGAGUCCUCACCGGGUCACAAAAACAAGAUGAAUUCGACUUUAGGUGGUUUACAUAAGGCACUAUCCAACUUGUUGCAUAACAACGGCAAACAUGAUCAUAACGGUUCCGCUCCGAUGAAACUAUUGGCGGAAUUGGCUUGCGCUCGAGCUCCGACUUCCACGUUGCCGGAGGAUACCACGAACAGUAACAAGAAUUAUCAAUCGGUGAAAAUGGUCGCGGCAGCGGUCGCUGCAGCAGCUGCAGCGGCGGCUGCGGUAGUGGACAAGGACAUCUCGACUUCCCCUAAGAAGCCAACGAAGGAUUCAACGAUAACGUUGAAGAAUUCGCCAACGAAGAAGACGAGGAACCCUAUUAAAGAGCUGUUCGAGCGCAAGAAGGAGAUAAACGAUAGAAAACAACAGGAACGCUCGAAGGCCGCUUUUGUUGAAUUAAACGUGCAGAAACAACGCAAGUCGAAGAAGAGCAAAAAGCAGCAGCAGCGGGAGUUCCCGUUGAUCCGUAGAAGCGAACAUUAUGGCGGCCUAGUAGAGAAGAAGAAACGUCGCGAUUCUCUCGAUCGAAAAGGAGAGACGGAGAGAAUAAAGGAUGUGUAUGAAUUUGAUGAGGAGGAGAGUCAAAUGGCUCCCACUCUGGGUAGCGUGAUGUCUUAUAGGAGCCAAAUCGACAACAAGAGUUACGACACCAAUUGGUCAAGGAUAAAGAAUACCGAUGAGAACUUGGAUACUGUCUUGCAGAACGGCAAGACGAAUUACAUCGCGAACACUAAAUUAGACGCUAUAAUCCAUCGUAAAUUCCAAGAGUUGGAGAAGUUUGCGCCAAAGACAAAAGGCGCCCUGAAGUCGUUCCAGAGCGAGGACCAGCAACAGCAACAGAUUACCGAAGCAGUUACCGGACCAAUGGACGAAUUUGUGGAAAGGAAGCAACGCAUGAAACGAUCUAUAGAGCAGGGCAUCAAAUCCGGCAAGAUCAAGAAACGAGGUAAAAGCUCGAAGAAACGAGUAAGAAACGCAUGGUAUGAGAACGAUAGCUCGGACGAGUUCAGGACGGCCGCGAAAACAGAAGAUGUUGGCGUUGGUAUUUCAAAAAGUCAACGUUCAUGCUCGAAAGGCAAACAGAAUCUCUUUGCGGAGUUAUCGACAUCAUCCGAGAGCGAAUACGAACGUGACAAUGUCGAUUAUAUGUUCGCGAACGAGCAACGUUCGUUGAAAUUGAAGAAUUCGAAGAAAUCACUUGAUGUCGACAUCGACAUCGAUGAGACGGAUGAUCAACGCAUAAUCAAUGAACCUGAAUUCGAUAAUGAAGAUCAAGUAGCAAGCGAUUGGAAUCAAGCAAUGGAAGAAGCACAGGAAGAUGCUAUGAAGAACAAUCAUGACGUCGCGAAAUCAGAAUCGGAAAUGUCAGAUCAUUCUCUGGUGAUAGAUGAAAGAAAGAUGAUCGACGAGGCGAGGAACAGCGAUGACGACGCGGAUAAUCAAUACGAGAGAACAUUUGAGCUGGAUGAUUUGUAUAGGGAAGACAGCUCGGAUGAAGAGACAGAAGUUGAGGAGAAUGAAGAGCCGAUGACCGAAGAAGUGAAGGACAACAGAUCUGAAAAGCAAACAUUGGAUGAAAACGCAACUUUGCAAACGAAACUUACUUCUACGAUCACGAAAGACGAUUGUGCGUCGGAAAUGAUUUCUUUGGAAGAAGCCUUGGAUUUUCUAGAUCGGCAUGAGAAUCUCGAUCCGAAAGCUGAGAAUGUAUGUGCAAAAAACAUCGUCAACGGCACUAUGGAUGAAACUUCUAACGACAGAAUUGUUAAUGAGGAAACGGAGAACAAAUAUCCAAGCCCUACGGAGAUGCGAGAUGAGAAAGAGGAACCAGAUGACGAUGUUCCAGCUUUGCCCGAGAAACUAUCCAGUAACGAGAAACCACAGAAAGAAUCCGAUCACAAUCUCCCUCUUCAUGUAUUUCUCAGCAGAAAGGUACAAGAAUCAAAGAAGAGAAAGCAACAGCAGUUAGAUAAAUUACGAGAGGAGCAAGAGAGGAUACUUAUGGAUUUUCAGCCAACCAGAAGACAAAGAAAGUGUGCGAUAGGUAAACAAGGUCUGCUAGCGGAAAUAAGUAGUUCGGACGAGGAAUCGUAUGUGAGAGAUAACAGCAGGAAAGGUAGUGAUCAUGACAAGUCACGGAAGAAGAGGGAAUCGAAGGAGAAAAGAAAAGAGAGGUACCUCGAAAAAAAACAUGAGCAGAUGAUUGCUAAAGAGCAAAAAGCGAUCGAGGAAGAAAUUCUGCGAGAGGUUGGCAAGAGAAAAGAAAACUUCGUACAAAACGAUAAUGUUGCAUUGAAUACCGAUGUCGUGGAAACAGUCGUCUCCGGACAAAUUCAGAGGAAAAAACAUCAGAUGAAGGAGAAACAUAAGAAAAGUGGCGAUGAGAGUAUUGAGGAGAAUGCAAUGUAUAUUGAUCAGUCUUUCGUUGAUAGCUCAGAAGACAAUCAUAACAAAUCAGAUCGUGCUUUCUCCACUGCGGAAAGUAACACAGAGAAUGACCGUUCAUCAACUUCACCAAAACGAAAGAAACUCGCGAAAUCGCCAACGAAGUCGAAGAAAGUUUCCAAACCCGAAAACGGAAAGAUCUCGCCGAGUAAGAGAAACAAAGAGUCAACCGCGGAGAAAUUCAAGAAAUCCGCAAGUAACAAGGAUUCUAGGGAGCGCAGAUCGUCCAGCGGAAAACGCGACUCCGACGAUGAGGAACUAAAGACCACCAAGUCAUGGAACAAGGUCGAGGAAGGCGUUGGGGUUGCAAUCGGUCGACAUAAACGCACUGCUGCUCAUCAAUUAUACUAUUGGUCCAGUUCAAGCGACGAGGAAGAGGCGCCAGAACCGAUUCCGGCACCCGAAGAGGAGGAGGACGAUCGGCAGGAACAGCACGGAUGGAUAGUAGGCGAUUCCCACAAGAAAAUGAUCACAAUGCUGGCGAUGGAGAAGCAGCUGAAGGAAAAACGACGUAGAAGCGAGGACGACUUCGAGCCUGGUAAGGCGAAGAGUAAGAAGCAUAGGAACAGCACCUCUUGAUACGUGUUUCAUGACUAAAAUUCAAUCGAACCUGCGCGAUAGACGCAAUGGGACUACGUUUUUCUGACAACAUAAACUGUGAAAGCGAGAAAGUGAAGGUUAGAAGGAUCUCCAUGUUUGUCUUUAAUGAGAAUUUAUUACGUUCUAUAUCUUCUACGGUAAUUACUUGUGGCAGAUCUGUUUAGAUAGAUAAAAAUACAAUGGAUAAGUGCGAUCUACGAUCAAAAAAGUAUUUGUUGGGUUCGAUCUUUUUUCUUUUUUUCUUUGUUAGCGAAUGUUGGACUGGACGUGAUUCAAGCGUAAAGAAGGAAGAAAGAAGAUAUAAAAUGUACAUAAUUGCUUGGCGUGUAGAGAUUAGAGAUUAGACGAGUAUCCUCCCUCGUUGCAAUCUAAGAAUUAUAUACAUGUAUAAAUAUAAAUCGAGCUCUUAUAAAUA